CGACACUUUAAACAAAAGAAGAACUGACUGGACUUGACUGUAACAGACCUGGAUUGACUCAUCUGGUCCCGAUAAUCCUUCCUCCAUCUCAUCACGGUAUUCUCGUCAUUCCUUAUUGUAUAUUGUCUAGCGCCGUCCCCUUGAUGGGAGUUCGCUACCUCUCUUUGUCACUAAAACUUUCCUCACUAAGAAGGACCUCCCCACUAUUGCGCCCGCAAUAUAUCUAUACCUUUCCAAAUCCCCCAACUUCACGGUCAUUUGUAGCCACCAUGGCGACUCCAGCACGCAGUCAGCCGCCGUGGAAAGAGCCCUCAUCUUCGGCUCCUUCAAAAUUGGCAGUCUACAAUUCACUUACUCGAUCUAAGAACGCCUUCGUUCCCAUCGACCCAGAGAAGGUCACCUGGUAUUCUUGCGGCCCCACUGUGUACGACGAUGCCCAUCUCGGACAUGCGAGGAACUAUGUGACGAAUGAUAUUCUCCGAAGAAUUCUCAAGGACUACUUCGGCUACAAUCUACAGUUUGUUCAAAACAUCACAGACGUCGACGAUAAGAUUAUCCUCCGUGGACGUCAGCAACAUCUACUGGCACAAUUCCGACAGAAGAAUCCUACUAUCACUGAGGAGGUAGUCGAUACUACGUCCAAGGCAUUCGAUGCUUAUAUCAAGAAGAACUUGCCACUUCUCGGCUCUGACUUGAGCCCGGAGAACUUCAGCAAGGAGUCAUCUGAAAAGUAUGCAUCCGUUAUUGCUGGCAAGGCUCUGGAAGGCACAGGGCCACCAAGCGACAAGGAGGCAAAGAUCAAGAUGCACCUUAGGACUGCAGGAUCUGCAGCGACCGCUCUACUAGCGCCUUCUAAGACGAGCGAGUCUGAUGUCGCCGAAUUCUUUGCUGGGGCAGAGGAUGUUCUGUUGCCCUAUCUUGAUUCACUAUACGGUUCUUCAAUCGAUGCUAACGACCACUCCGUCUUCACAAAGCUCACCCAAAAGUACGAGGGCCGUUUCAACGAAGACAUGCAAGCUCUCAACGUCCUAGCACCAGACGUCGUCACAAGAGUGACAGAGUAUGGCAAGGAGAUUGUCGAUUUCGUUGCUAAGAUUGAGUCCAACAAGUAUGCUUAUGCCACCUCUGAUGGCUCUGUCUAUUUCGACAUAGAUGCGUUUGAGAAGACCGAGGGCAACCACUAUGCCAGAUUGGAACCUUGGAACCGCGGCGAUAAGAGCCUCCAAGCAGAUGGCGAGGGCGCGUUGACCAAGCAGUCGAACGAGAAGCGCAGUGACGCCGAUUUCGCUUUAUGGAAGUCAAGCAAGCCGGGCGAGCCUUCUUGGCCAUCGCCCUGGGGUCCUGGACGUCCAGGUUGGCACAUCGAGUGCUCGGCCAUGGCUAGCUCUGUUCUUGGAUCUCGCAUCGACAUUCAUUCUGGCGGUAUCGACCUUUGCUUUCCUCAUCACGACAAUGAACUGGCGCAAAGUGAAGGCUAUUGGUGCUCUUCAACCGGAGGCCACCAAUGGAUCAACUAUUUCUUGCACAUGGGUCACUUGUCGAUAUCAGGAUCGAAGAUGUCUAAGUCUCUCAAGAAUUUCACAACUAUCCGCGAAGCCCUGUCUCGUGGUGAUUACAACGCUCGAAGCCUGCGCAUCAUCUUCCUGCUUGGAGGCUGGCACGAUGGUGUUGAGAUUACUGACGAUCUCCGAAAGGCUGGCUCGUCGUGGGAAAGCUAUGUCAACAACUUCUUCCUGAAAGCCCGCGAUUUGGAAAUUCACCCAUCUGCAGAGUCAGCAGGAGCUGGCGACGCGAAGGUCACAGAAUCUUUCGAGGCUGCCAAGGAGAAAGUCCACAACGCUCUCGCGGACUCCUUCGACACACCGGCCGCUAUGCGGGCUAUCUCAAGCUUGAUUACCGACUACAAUUCGUCAGGAAAAUCUGGUCUGUCAGAUGCCCUCACCUUUGACAUCGCACGCUACAUCACCAGAAUCGUACGCGUCUUCGGUCUGGAUGGUACGACCGAUCUCAACGAUAAAAGUAUUGGCUGGUCCGGAAUCGACAUCCCUGCGGAGGCCAAGGAGUUUGUGUAUGCGGCUGCUAGGGAGCGAGACGAAAUCCGUCAACAUGCAAUUGCUGGUGAUCUUUCCGACGAUCUCCUGCUCUCGAUAAUAUCGAAGGACAAGCCUGCACAAGGACAGCCGGCCGCUUCUUUGCCCUACGCCGAAGUUCUCUCAACCUUCCAGGAGAAUCUGAAAGGUCUCGCAGAGAAGAAGGCUUCAGCGAAAGACUUCCUUGCUCUCUGCGAUCGCUUGCGAGACCUUGACCUGUGGGAUCUUGGUAUCUACUUGGAGGACCGCGAGAACGCGCCUGCCAUGGUCCGACCUGUCGAUGCGGAGCUUCGCGCGGCUCGGGACCAGAAAGAAGCAAUUGCUCGCCAGAAACGUGAAGCAAAAGAGAAGCGCGAGCGAGAGGAGGCGGAGAGGAAAGCCAAGCUUGCCGAACAGGCUAAGAUCAGCCAUAAGGACAUGUUCAAAUCCGACGAAUACAGUGCCUGGGAUGCAGACGGCAUGCCUACGAAAGAUAAAGAGGGUAACGACGUGCCCAAGAGCAAGUCAAAGAAGCUCAAGAAGGAGUGGGAUAGACAAAAGAAACUGCAUGAGGACUAUCUCGCCGGUGCCAGUGGAUCAUCGUAGAGUGCGAUUGUGUUUACUGACAAAUCGAGGAGUUUGCGGUCGGGUGGGGUUGUGUGAAAAUCGGACAGCAUUACAUAGGAGUUAGUGUAUCAUAUAGCGCACCACCUUAGACAUGAACAGAAUCGGCUCCGUCGAGGGGUUGUGUUGCUAAGGGUAACUAUGUUACAAGGACUGCUGCAAAUCAAAUUUUGUUUAAAUAAGA